AUGGUGCUUGGACCAAUUCUACCCGGUGUUCCUGUGUGGGAAUGCGGAGAAGAGAGCAAGUUUCCGGGUAUGAAGUACGUCGUCUUUCCUGGCAACGUGGGCUCUUCGCAAGCGCUGUUUGAGGCAGCUCAAAAACUAUGCUUCCCUCCCUCCACUUCUACGCCUCCAUCAUCCGACUCCAAGACCUCUUUAGCUUCGUGUGUCACUCCCACACGUCCCGUUUUCGCCUCGUCCUCCCGCACUCUCGAUCUCCUGGAGGCUGCGCGUGCGAAAGGAGAGGCCGUCGGGGCUUUCAAUGUUUAUAACCUUGAAGGAGUCAGAGCCGUUGUUCGUGCCGCGGCGGCAACGAACAGCUCAGCGAUUUUGCAAGUCCAUCCAUCAUCACUCGAAUUCGGUGGACAGCCUCUCCUGGAGCUCUGUCGCGCCGGGCGGUUCUUUGUGGAAGAAAUGGGAACAAUGAGAGGUUCCAAGGAGAAGGAUACGAUCGCAGUGCACCUCGACCAUGCGAAUGAGGCAGCCGUCAUAGAGCAAGUUCUGGCAACUCAGCUGGUUGACUCUGUUAUGUGCGAUGGGUCGGCGAAACCUUAUGAGGAAAAUGUUUCAUGGACCGCACAGAUGACACGACUAGCACACAGUAAGGGCAUUCCUGUAGAGGCAGAGCUGGGUCGCUUGGCCGGGGAGGAAGACGGACUGAGCGUCCAGGAAAAAGAAGCAAAAAUGACUGAUCCUCUCCAGGUCCGAGAUUUUGUGGAACAGACAGACAUAGAUAUGGUGGCGGUGACAAUCGGAAACGUUCAUGGUCGAUAUGCGACGAAUCCGCCGGUACUCGACUUGGCCCGGCUGGCAGAUAUACGGGCGGCUACGGAUCGAUUGCUUGUCUUACAUGGAGCGUCCGGGCUUCCUCCAAAAGUGGUGCAUGCAACCAUCGCCAUUGGUGCGAUCUGCAAGUUUAACGUGAACACCGAGGUCAGGGAGGCAGCUAUGCAGGUGAUUCGCGAGGGUAAAGCCAAGGACGUGUUACCAUUAAUGCAAACGACUGGCGAAGCUAUGCAACGCGUGAUUGAGAACAAAAUGAGACUGUUCAAAGCGUCGCCGUCAAUAUAG